CGUUGCCUGUGGAAGAAGGGCUUAACUAAUCACGAUUUUGUUGGUCUAGUUGUUUUAUGAAGUUCUCUAUAUUCUGUUAAUCACACAAAAUUCUCGUAUACUGAUUCUAAAUUUGGAAAUUAUGCAAUUUAAGACUGUCGUUCCAAAUUUUGUUUACCGGAAGUACGUGUUUGUGCUACAGUCAGCUGUUAUGUGAUCGGGAACAACUGGUUGCCAUUGGUGGUUGCACUGUCAGGCGUUUUGUUGUUGUUUACAAAAGUGAGCAUGUGAAUGUGGUAACCGCGAAGUCCGUAAAUGUAGUAUCAGUGUGACAGUUUGUAAGAACAAUGGGCAAGAUAAGAAAAGAGAGAUGUUGCUUUUGCAAUUCCGUAGUUGAUGACGAAAUUCGUUACGGUGAGUUUCUUGAAAUGGAAACUGUCGCCACGCAUUACUUCUGUUUGCUACUGACCACGCACAUACGGCAGAAUGGAGAAGACGAUGAAGGCAUUCGGGGUUUCUUGCUAGAUGACAUUAAGAAAGAAGUGCGACGUGUGAAAAACGUUACAUGCAGCUAUUGUAAAAAAAGAGGUGCCUCGAUAUACUGUGGGACGCCAAAAUGCCAGAAAGUUUUUCACCUACCUUGCGGAUUGAAACAGUCGUCAUUUCACCAAUUCUUUGGAGCAUUCAGAUCCUUUUGUGAUAAGCACAGACUCGUUCAGAAAGUUGAUGCAUUGGCUUUGAAGAAAUUUCAAACUGAUUAUGUCACCUGUUCUAUAUGUUCUGAUGAUUUGAGACCAAAACCGUCCCCAGAAACAAUUUGGGCUCCUUGCUGCAAUAUGUGGUUUCACAAAAACUGUUUGCAGAAACUAGCUCUCAGUAGUGGCUACUUUUUUAAAUGUCCGUUGUGUUGUAAUAAGCCUAUUUUUGAAGAAACAAUGAAAUUUUAUGGCAUAUUUGUCCCGGAACGAGAUGCCUCUUGGGAGCUAGUACCAAAUGCUUAUGAAGAGUUGCUUCAGACUUAUGCUCGUUGUGAUGCUAAGAUAUGUAGGGCAAAGUCACGUUCAGUUAAUGUGAAAGGAAAAAUGUGGGAAAUAAUAUUAUGCAGAUACUGUGGCUCUCAAGGAACACACAAAAUCUGUGGUAAUCUUAAGACAAAAAGGCCUGUUUGGGAAUGCUCAACAUGCAGUACAGUUGUGAACAAAGGUUCUGAUGAAGAUGAUGAAGACGAGGAGAUUUCAAUUGAUAUUGAGAGCAUACCAGACCAGCCCUCAGAGGUCACCGGUUUGCAUCUCAGCGACACCACCAGAAUUGUAAGGAGUGUAACAUCUGCAGAAACAGCUCCACAACAAGAGCAGCAGUCCCCACUUCAAACAGAAUCAGCAUCUUUGCAAAUGCCCAAAGAACAGCCUGCCAUUACAUAUAAUACUAUUACAGAUAUUGAAGAAAAUAUAAGUGUAGUAGUGAGCUCAAGUGAUUCAGAUAUAGAACUUGUUAACUACGAACCACAAGUUAGGUUAGUUGACAAUCAUAAAUAUGAACUCAAGACAAAAAAUGGCAAUUAUGUUGAAGUUGUGAAGUUGAAUGAAAAUAUAUGUACAGUUCCAAAAGUAGCAGGUGAUAUAAAAGUAAUACGUAGAAAAAAGAUUAUACAGAUAGAUGAUAGUGAUAUUGCAGAAAUUUCUGAGCCUGAGUCAGAAUAUGGAAUGUAUGAUUAAUAUGUGUGUGCUUGUUGAAUCUGUCUUUUGAAGAAUUGAUUCUCAUCCAUUCAGUAUAUACACAGUACAGUUACAAUUAAUGAGUGUUGUGCCUUUUUAAGUGUAAAUUCUUGCUGAAGUAUUGCCCACAUACAGCCAGAAAAUCAAAUAUAGAACUGUUCUUGUUUGUCCUUGAAUGAGAAGCUCAAAGAACCCAGUUCUAUUUUUCAAUUUGAGAACACUGUUUUGUCACCGGUGAUUUCUGCUGUUCAAGAAUUGAUGUGGUUAUUCAAAGAAAUGUUUGUAAAGAAUUUUGUGUUUCUAUAAAAUUAACAGUCACUGUGGGAUAGAGGAAAAACUUGUUUGGUAACGUACUCAUUGUAGCUCAUGUAUAGGUAGUACCAACUGUAAUUUAUCGAAAAUAGGAACUAAUUUGUCACUAGAUUCUUCUUGAAUCUUACCUCAGGAAGUUAUUGAUUAGUAAUGUGGCAGAUUUCUUAAUGUGUGUGUCUUAUCAUAAAACAUUGUCAUUGUUAUGUUAAGAAAAGAGUGGUACAUAUGCAUUAAGUUGAACUACAUUAACAUAAAAUUUGUUUUAUCCCUGCACUUUUUUUAAUGGGGCAGUACUGUCCCAGCCCUCAGAGAUUCGUAUUUUCUUCACAGUGUUCUUCUAGUAAUAGUGUGUGAUGCCAAAGUAUAACUGCAGUUACUGUUUGUUUACUGUUAUAUUUGGACUGUUUUAAUUUCUUGUCUCACUUGCAGUGUAAAUUUUUGUCUACAGUCUGUCUGAGCAUUUCCCGAGCUAUAUGUUUACGAAAAAGAGCAAAUCUCUAUAUUUGUCAUAGAUUUUUUUCUCGGGAAUGAUUCCUGUUUUACUAUAUUGUGCUUUGUGUGCCUACAAAUGUAAAUGUAAAAACAAAUUGUUGAGGCUUUUUAUGUUAACUAAGGAAUGCCCAGCAACAAUCAGAGCUGGUUUGAAAUAGCUCACAGCCAAUGUUGGGUAUGUAAUAGAGAUGUUAGAUAAUUUUGUGUUGUUAAGCAACAAGAAAUGCAAGGUUAUUUGCUUCAUAUAGGUAUUUGAUUGUUGAGUUUGUUUUCUUUACCAUUUCAGAAAAAAGAAAAGGAAGUGUGUGUGUGUGUGUGUGUGUGUGUGUGUGUGUGUGUGUGUGUGUGUGUGUGCAUCCUCAGUAACAAGACAGAAGCAGUAGCUUCAGUGAGAGUUUCAGCGGCACCAUUAGGCCUCGGAAAACCUACUAACAUUUAUAUAUUUUUCAAUGUAUCACAUACUGACGUGGUAUUAAACUUCUCAGUUUGUGUUUAAAUGUGUUAUAAUUUAUGGUCAUGUACAUAUUAAUCAGCUAUUGUGAAAACUGGUUGCAGCUUUACAUGUAACCUUCUGUGGUACGAUAUUUAUACCACUUCCGGUGUAUUUAUUUGUUAUUCUUGUGAACUUUUCUAUAGUGUGUGUGUGUUGCUCAUCAGGCUAUGAAUAAAUCUCCAAUGACAUUUG